GACCAGGAGUUCAUUAACCAGGAGGUACCCAGGCAUUCUCCAUAGCGCACCAUGAUGGCACCUAACCUCUUAUCGGAUCCCAGGUCAGUUCUUACACUCUAAUCCCCAGCCAAGCUUUGCUAUAAGAGCCUAGAGGCUGGACCUACCAGACCACUCUCCACCUCUCCUCCGGUCCUCUCCACCUCUCCUCCAGUCCUCUCCACCUCUCCUCCGGUCCUCUCCACAUCUCCUCCAGUCCUCUCCAUCUAUCCUGCACUUUACUAUUCCACCCUCUCUUCUUCACUACUUUACCCUCUACUCCACUCCUCCCGUCCUCUCCACCUGUCCUCCAGUCUUCCUCUCCUCCUCCUCUCCGCACUAUGUUCCCUCUCUACUUCCUCGGACUCCUCUUCAUCGCGCCCCGGACGGACGACAAGAAAGAGGAGAGAGAGAGCGGGAAGGAGAGAGAGAGCGGGAAGGAGAGAGAAAGCAGGGCUAGGAGCGAGCGAGGGUCCACUGGGUUUGAUCGUGGGGACGUGCUGGAGGUGCCCCGGGCUGUGUUCACCCACUACGGGGUGUACCUGGGGGGGGGCAGGGUGGCACAUCUGGUACCAGACAUCCUGCCUGUCGUGUCUGACGACCUGCACGCCAUCACUCAGACCGUCUCCAACACCAGGUUCCUGCUGGGGAUACUGGCUAAGGUGGCGAGUGUCAGGGUGGACAAGGUGGAGGACUUUGCUUAUGGAUCAGAGAUCAUCGUCAACCGCACAGACAAGCUGGUUAGCCGCCCCCCCCUGCAGGGAGAGGAGGUGGCUCGCAGAGCAGAGAAGCUCGUGGGUCCAGCAGACUUCAGCCUGCUGUGGUGGAACUGUGAACACUACGCCAUGUACUGUCGCUACGCUAGCAGCAUGAGCUUCCAGAGCGCUCAGUUCUGCUUAACAGCGCGAAAAUACCUGUUGAGGCGGGCGAGCGCCUACCUGAGUGCAGCCCUAGGGGUGUUCCUGAUGGUCUACCUGGACGCGGUGUCCCUGUUCUCGGCAUUUGCCAUAUUCUUCGUCUCUAUAAACGUCUGGAUGGCCGUUUAGGAACUAGGCCUAUACUGAACGGUAACGGACCAACGGGUGUAGGAAAGAACAGAGUGAAAAAUAAUAAUACAGGAGUAAACGGUGUAGCCUGUAGAACGGUUAAUGAACUGUUUUGUGAUCUAAUAUUGUUUUCGUGGAGAGAGUUGUUCUUCACAAGGACAUUGUAUAGUCUCAUGGUAGGCUAAAUCCUUGACUCUAUACUGUUAGAACUAUGCACCUUGAUUCUUUUUUCUGUAUAUAAUUAACUCAGCCCGAUGCUCAGCCUGUGAAUUUGUGUAACGUCAACAUUAAAGACAGUGAAUUUUUUUUUUUUUUAUAAAAACAGAAAAAUUAACUAAAAAGUGAAUACAUUGUGUAAUGGACUG